CCGGGUUAUUUCUAAUAUGUGGCAACACUGGCGAGCAGCUGUUAUGACGAAAAGCCAACUCAGCUAAUGUGAAGAAAUUUUUUAUACACAAAAAAAAAUUUUGCCCACAAACCUUUCUAUAAUUAAGGCCGCGGAUUAGUUUAAUUAAAUUGUAAACAGUGCAGACAUAGAAAACAAUGCAAAAUGCGGCCAACAAACGCAAAUGCCCCAACCAAUACGCUGUGGAGUGACUUGCCCCUCUACUUGGCCAUUGCCUUAACACUUUCCCUUUCAAGUCUUCCAACGACGUGGGCUUUGUCCGACAAAAGACUGUGCGCUGACGAAAAAUGUGAACAGAUCAUCUCUUUGGGUAAUGCCAAGAUCAGAUAUGCAACUGCAGAAGAUGGCAUGCUGUCAUUUAAGAUCAAUGCGCCGGUUCGCGUUUUGUCUAAGAGCGCCGGCAAUAAUCCAAAGUUGUGGGGCGUGGAGAUUAGUGGAAGGCGCGGCUAUGCCAACAAGGAUUUCAUCAAGGAAAAUAAAAUUCUAAUUAAAGAAACGGAUCUAAAAUAUGAAGUGCCUGUGGUUUGGCCAAACAAACCAAAAACAGCAGCAGCAGAAACAGCAGCAGUAGCUGCACCAGCAACAGCACCAAUCGCCAGCAAUCCACAAGUAGAACAGAAGCCAGAACAGCCGCUGGAACAAACGCAGCCAGUGCUCAAUUCUUCCGAAACUGCUGAAGAUAUAGCAACAACAACCACUUCACCUUUGGACACGAUUAAGCUGGCCAUUCUGACGGAACAGGAGCAAAGCAGCAGCAGUGAAGUGCCUUCACCUAUAACCCCUGUGCAGCCCAAUUUACAGCUAGUCGAUGGCACGGAAUUGCCGCUGGAAGCAGUGCCUGCUCUUACAGAACGAAAUCAAAAUGUUUCCCACGCAGACGAAGUCAAAACGGCAACCAAUAGCCACAAAGCUGAGUUGGAGGACCCAACGACAGGCGAUGAAGAAUUCGACUACGAAGAUGACGAAGAGAAUAUUGAAGACGACGACAACGACAACGAGGCAACACUUGAUAGCAAGGUGAACGACAAACAAAACGACUCGAAUGCAGAUAACAAAGCAACUGUUGAGGCGAUCGCAACAUCUGCAGCUGCAGCUGUAGCUGCAGAGGCGAGCGGUCAGCAAGCAAAUGGCUCAAAUGUAUCGCACUCAAAGCCUGAAAAUUUGACUGUCAAGAACGAAGACGCCCCGCCAAAAGUUGCUGCCAAACCAAUUGAAGCUUCGCUACUUGUAGAAACGCGCAACGUAAGCGCAGAGCUUGAUGAGGACAAGCUGCGCUCAGAUUCCAAAGCCGAAACAGUUGAAGAGGACACACAGCCAAGAAAAGAACCAGAAAUGCUACCCGCCCCAGAAGCUAAUGAAAUUGAUAAUAAUUUGCCCAAAAUCGAGCCGAAAAUUCAGUUGAUGUCACGGCAAAUACCGGAAUCGAACGAUAAGGAGAAAGCCGCAGCAGAGGCCUUACCCAAUCAAACUGAAGCGACAACUGAACAGCAGAUUGAAAUACCAAACCAAUUGGAAGAGGCAGCCAAAGUAAAUAGUAGCAAUGUCGUAGUUGAAGCAGAAACCAAAGCGCAGCAAGCAACAGAGCCACAGGCCGUCGUAGAAGCAGCCCUACCAAGUGCGAAUGAAACUGUUAAGGCGGCUGAGGAAGCACCAAUUGCAGCUAAAGUUGUCGCUGCAAUUGUGCCCAAUGAAACGACUCAGCAGGAAGUGAAAGCAGAUGCAGAUGCAGCACAGCCAAAGAAAGCGGAGAUUGCGAUUGAGUCACCAGAGCCACAGGCAGCCGUUGAAGUGGACAGCUCUACGCCCAGGCCCACUGAGGAACCAAUUGGGGCAGCCACUUUGUCACCACUAUUUAAGCAGCAGCAUUUCAAUAAUCCCAAUGAAUACUACAAACAGCUGCAGGAACAGCAACAACAACAGAAGCAGAAGCAGGAGCAGGAGCAGAAGGAGCUUGAUAACGAACAGAAGCCACUGGACCAACAACAAAAGGAACAACUGGAGAAACAAGAGCAAGAGAAACAACAACAGCUGCAGAAGGAGGAUCAGCUGCGGCAGCAGCAGCAACUGGAGGAACAACAGCGACAACAAGCGCUGGAAGAGCAGGAGAAACUGCGUCAACAGGAAGAUGAACAGCGACAACAACAGUUGGAAGAGCAGCUGCAACGGGAGGAGCAACAACGACAACAAAAACUGAAAGAGCAGCAGCAGGAGCAGGAGAAACUGCGACAACAGCAGCUGCAGGAACAGGAAGAACGGCGAAGACAGCAGCAACAGCAACAACAACAAGAGCAACAACAUAUUCAGCACACGACGCCCUCUGCAACCGCCUUCGAUCCCUAUGAUGCAAUAGAUCAGGCAGAGCCAACACCUGCGCCAGCAACACGCGACCAACACGUUGCAACUGGUUCAGUGGAACCAGUUGGGCUACCGAUAGUGCCUGCCGAGACGCCCAAAGAGGAAGUUGCACCCGGACCUGGACUGUUUAGCACCAUUAUGAACACUGUCAACUCAUUUAUAUCCAAUGAAGAUCAAAAGGUGCCCAAAACCGAGCCGCUGACGGGCGCCGAUGACCUGCAUCGUUUGCUUUAUCCAGAAGCGCCUAGUCCAAAGGACGAUACUUACUCGGAGGGUUAUUGCACUCGACCAUUAGAUGGCAAUUGCCAUGCCCCCAUUAGCCUGGAUAAUUUUGUGGAUGUGUUGGCAGCAAAAGUGUUGGAUAAUAGCCUGUUGUUGCUUUGCGUUGUCAUUGCGGCGGCCUCAUCACUGUUCUUUCUGUUCACCUACUAUUGUUUCUGCAACAGCAGCCAGGAGGGUGCAUUGUUGUCCAAGCUGAAUCAUCUGGAGCGCAGUCUGUUGGCGGCGCACAAGGAGAACCUGAUUAUAAAGCAUGAUCUGAUGGCUACUCGCACCAAGCUCGCAAGCAUUGAGGAUAAUUCCUUUGGCUCAAAUGACAUGGUCGCCGCCUUGAAGAAGCAGCUCGAAACGGAACUCUAUGAGAAGGCGCAACUGCAGGAGCAGGUCAGCUCCCUGGAGAAGGAUCUGGAUAAUGCAGCCGAAGCAGGCUUGGAGCUGAAUAAAAUGCUGUCCGAGGUGUUGAAUAGUCAGAAUGGUGACGAAGCCUUUAUGAACACCGUCGACGAACUGCAGCGACAGCUCAAUGAUCAAGAAAAGAUCAUCAUUGACAUCAAUGCUAGUUUGGCGGAGAAGAGUCGCGAGAAUAGCGAAUUGCAAUAUUCGUAUACGGAGUCCACAACACGCUUGAAUAGUGAAAUGAAGUCGCUGCAGCAGGACAACUAUGAGCUGGAAAUGGAGAAGUCCAAGUUGCAGACGCGCCUUGGCGAAAUCCAAGUGGAGUCCGAGCUGGAGCUGUCCAAGGCUCUGGAGGCGCGCAACUUUGAAAUGCAAAGGCUGCAGAAACAGAUUAUGGAAUUGAAUGCCAAAUACGACAAAGAGCAUAGCGAACUGCAGACGAGCCUGUCCAAAAUAGAGGCGCUCGAAGAGUGCUUGAAGACGAUCAAGAAAGAUGGCAAUGCCAAUGUUAAGGAGUUAAUAUCAAUGGCCAAAAUGCGGGGCGAACUCAAUGCGGCGCAGAAAAAGUUCAAGUCGCUGCAAACGAAACUGGAGCAGGAGAUGGAAAACAAAGCGAGGCUUGAGAGCCAGCUGCAGGCAUCCAGCGCAGACGUCGAACAGCUGAAACAGGACUUCAAUCAGUCUGAACGAGACAAGCUUGAGGCGCAAACGCGUCUCGAAGUGCUCUCUGGCUAUUUCCGUGAGAAGGAAACUCAGCUGCAAAAAGAGCUCAGCUUGCAGGAGUCCAAGUGGCUGCAGCAUCAGGGCGAAAAUGCCAGCACUGUGGAGACGCAAACGCUGAUGAAAAAUGAAAUUCAGCUGCUAAAAUCUCAAAAUGAUGAGCUGCGCGCUGAGAUUGAGGCGCAGAUUGCCUCGCAUAAGGCACAGAUGGGCACGCUGGAGAAUCGUGCACACGAAUCGUGGCUGGCGGCGCGCCAAUCCGAUCGACGCCGCGAGGAGGCGCAGGCUGAAGCCGCCGGCUAUCGGCGUCAGAUGACAGCCAUGGCCAGCGGAGCAGGCGAUGUGGCGUCGGAUGUGUUGCCAGCCAAUGGCGGACUGGGCGCGUCUGAACAGGCAAAUGCACCGUCGCCGGUGCCAUUGCCGCUGCCGUUGCCGGGAUCGCCUGGCCUGCUUAACAUGCCCAAUCCACUGCCAUUCCUGCCGGCGCCCUUCUCACCGUUUAUGGGUCUGCCGCCAUUUUUGCCACCACCAGUGGUUGCUGGCGUUGCGCGUCCUCCGCCGCUGGGCCGCAUGCGUUCGCCACCGCCGUCACGGGAUCGGUACUCACCGCAUCGAGAUGAUCGCGACGACUACAGCGACUAUGAUGACUACUACGACGACGACGACGACGAUCGCCACAAUGAUCGGCACCGGCGACACAGCGGGAGCUGGGGUCGCACGCAUAGCGACUCCUACAGGCAUUCGCCGCGCACGUAUCGCUCGCUGUCGCCAUCGGACAGUCGCUACAAUUAUAAUGAAACGGAAACUGACUUCAGUCCGCCGCCGAGCCCAACUCCCCCGCGCAAGAACAGCUCACGUACCGUCAGCGAAGUAUGAAGUAUGAAAUACGGCACUCUGUACUUCACAAAUAGUGGACAAACGUAUCCUAAUAUAUUAUGUACGAGUAGUUGCAGAAACUCAAAACUAGUUCAAAUCUAUGUAUAUUUAUUAAUGAUCAUCGGAUUAACUACGACUUAGGGCGACUCACAUACUUAUAUACAAACACGAUUCCCGUAAUUCGAAUUUGAGGCAUUGUCAAAUCCAACAUCAAAUUAAUGGCUCAAUGGUAAAAAUGAUAUCAAAUGGAAAACUAAAAUAAACCAAACAUUUAAAACACCAAAAA